GGUCCGUUUGAGCGCGAAUUUAGUACGAAAAUUUCAUCCGAUCGAUAAAGUUUGGUCCGUCUUCCGGGAUUGAAUGCAGGCUGCGAGAGUAAAGGAGAUUUUUGUUUAAUCAUUCGCACUUGGAUAAGGAGCAUUUUUCGUUUAAUUUAAGAUGAUCGUGCUCCAAGCGUUCAUAUGUUGGACGCUGCUGGUCGUUGGUUUGCAUGGAGCUCCGGAUCCGUGUGCCCAUCUAGGGAACAUGCGAAUCUGCAACGAAACGCAGUACGAAGUUUACCGUCAGUGUGUGGAAGAAAAUAAAUCUAUUCGCCUGAAGAGACAAUCAUUGUGUCAACAAACGUCGGUCGAUUCAGUACCUAUGCAAGAUCAACCACUGUCCGAGGAAGAUAACGAAUCUCUCGAGUUGAAGCAACCCGCACCGGAGGAUGUCGUCAUGCCAAAGGUUCAUGUAAUUCCUGCUUUGGAAAGUGUCAUUACCGUAGAGCCUGUGGAGUCAAACGACAUUCCCGAGUAUGAUCCCAGUUUGAAAGUGAAAUCAUUGAAGAGAAAGGUGAUAAUUCAAGGAGACGACGAAGACGAGGAUCUAGAGUACCAUGUUCCGCCAAACAUCACUACAAUAAUUCGACUAACUAACGUUGUUAACAAUACUAACGUGGUCAACGUUCCUACGAAUGUAAAUACGACAAACGUGAACAACAUUCACAUAUACUCAAACAUAACCGAAGGCGAAUCGUCCACACCGGAAGAGGAAAGAUGUUGUACGGCAGUACGUCCGAAGACUUGUCAUGCAUCGACGCAAGGCAUCAAAUGUCAGCAUAAGAAAUUUCGCACUUGCGGUCCUCAGUGCAAGUCGGAUGUUGUUCAUGUUCAGCGAAGAAAACGGUGUGAUCCGUCAGGGAACUGCCAAGAAAAGAUUGCCUAUGUGCCGCAGCCGGAAAAACCGAAAUGUGUCUACGUAGAUCAGUGGCCGUUCGUCGUUUGUGGGAAGCCGGCCAAUAUGAAAGUGAUUUGUGAUGGUUGUUACGAUCACUAUGGCUACGGAUUCGAAGCGCACAAUAAACCGAUAGUUGAUCAAUGCAGAGGCUGCUACGACGAUGGCUUUGACUACGGUCCGAUGUAUCGAAGAGGGCCUGUGCUGAGACCGUUCUAUUACCACGAACCACCGUGCUAUCUGACGGGUACAUGUCCAAUGUCAUACGGUGAUUGUGGAUACGGAUGUUACGGACACCAACUGGUCGAUCCUGUCUGGGGUCCUCCUUCUGCGUUCGAUCCAAACAUGGAUGACAUAAACACAGAAUCACUGGAGCAGGAUAUUCAAAUAACGAACGACACGGAAUCGGACUGGGGAGUUCCCGUGCACAAGUGUACAGUAGUGUCAGAAGACAACACUAUUUCGGUGCAGAACUGUACCAACAUAGUCGACAAUCAGUACGCUGCUGCCCCACCAAGUUAUCCGUACUACAAACCGAUGCAGCAUGCUCUCCGGAAACCGGCUUACAAAGUGAAGCAGACGACGCGGAAACGAAAUCCGGUAAUGGAAGCCGAUGACGGUGGUGGAUCCGGCGAAGGUUUCUUCGUACAGUCAGAUGUGUCGUUUAUUGUCGAAGAUGAUGACGAUGGCUUUGAUUACAGUUUUUAAACAGUGGUCGAUGAAUCAUUUUGUGUUCAUUAUAACUAUAGUCCUUGCAGGAUUUUCUCGGACUCGGACAUUCAUAUCUAAUGAUUUAGAUGAUGUUAUGGAGAACCGUUUUAUUUUUAAAUUUCGUAUUGAAAUAAAUAGCGCACAGCGCUGAAAAACUCUAUAA